GCCGUUCAGUCAUGUCCUCAUCAGUCUAAUAAUGAGGGCGCGUGCGGAGCAAUCAGCUGAGUUCUGACGCUCGUACCUCUGUCUAUCUCUCUGGGUCUCGUGGUGUCUCCACGGACUGAAGCGCACGCUCUCACGCUCGUGCUUCACUUUGUCGCCGUUCUUUCCAGCAGAGCGCGGACCGAGAACGAAAACGGCGUCUCGCGCAGAUUUCAGCGACACUCCGCGCGGAGGAUCCGGAGAUCACACGCACUUAUUGGCGUGAUUGAGUCAGAUUUACGGAGGAAAAGAGGAGGAGGAAGAAUAAUCCCAGUGUAUCCGUUUGAUCCUACUCCUGAGACACAGGAGCGGAAGGAGGCGGGAGGAAGAUUCUGGUUCUGGUUUCGUUCGGAGGGAUAAUGAGGAGCGCGUGGAUCCUGCUGGCCAUCGCGCUCAGCGUCUUCGUCUGCGGGGACACGAUAGAAGCAGCCAGGACUUCCUCUCAGUCUGAUGACCUGUACCUAGAAGAUGUCGGGUCAGGAGGUUACUACCCUGAAGAUGAUGAUGAUUUUAGCUCAGGCUCAGGCUCAGGUGGAGGUGAGGAGGUGGUGAAGGAGAUGGUGACUGACAGUCGAACUAAUGUCGAGCCCAAUGCAGUUAAGCCCACCCAGGACUCCACCGAAGCCUUCACCCAGAAGAUGGACACAGCCACAGUCAGAGAGGACAGAAACACCAAGAGGCCCAUCAGAACUGAGGCACCAGUUCCAGUCACAGAGGACCUGCAGAGGAUCCAGAUCAUCAGUACAACCGGUCCCCCCAGUUCUCCUCAGCAGCCUAUCGAGGUCCGCACGGAAAACCUCCUCCAGAGGACGGAGGUGUUGGCAGCUGUUAUUGCAGGUUGUGUGAUCGGCUUCCUGUUUGCCAUCUUCUUCAUCCUCCUGCUGGUCUACCGCAUGAGGAAGAAGGACGAAGGCAGCUACGAUCUGGGAGAGAGGAAACCCUCCAGCGCCGCCUAUCAGAAGGCCCCGACCAAGGAGUUUUAUGCAUAAAGUCACAGGGACACAGCCAGCCCCAGUCAGCUGACACACAGUCAACAACAAUGUUCUGGCUGGAAGGAGAGGGAUUUUUCACACGUGUCAUGAAGGUCUUUUACUCCAGUUUUUUCAUCGGACUGAAAAUUUUCAGAAAUGUUCGGUUUUUAUGUCUGAAACUGCUUCAGAGUUUAACUAUCACUGACUAGAAACAAAACAUUUCAGUUCUUCAUUGUCCAACCUGGUUUGUUAUUUGUGCUGCAGCAGAUCUGCAGGUGUUCAUUCAUUUAUCUCUGUUAAAGAUUAACUCUGUAAAUCACCAGAACCAGAAAUCAGGCCCAGAGAUCAGAACCAACUUCUUGUUUGGAUUUAAUAAGUGUUUCCUCUGCAGGCUGUGGUGUUAUUGACCCAUGAAUUCUUCCUCCUCUUCCUCCCCUUCCUCCAGUGUUUCCAGAGAUUUAAAUGUUGUUAAGCGACAGCUGCAUUUCCCAACAGUGACAUCACAGGUCACGUGACAUGAAUUUGAGCUUUACAUCUCACUUCAAGUCGGAGAGCUGCAAAGGAAGAUGAUCACAUGAUCUAAGCUCUAGCCACAUGCAGCUGUUCAUUCUCCUUCUGCCCUCAACCCACCCCCAUGUCGAAGUGAAACCCAAAGACUCGGAGUCUCUGCCCCCCCAUCACGUCCACAUUCUGAUGAUUUUUCCUUGAGAGACCAGAACUUUGAGUCCAGUUACUUAUGUGUGUAUGAACAGAUAUAUAACUAUCUACAGAAAUAUAUAGAUUCACUAAUGUUUGAGACCUUCAAAGUGCCUAUGUUUGGACAUUUUCCUGCUCAGUGAGCUUGUGUUGGAGGUUCUUCAUGAGUGGGACCUUAACUCCUUUUUUAGUCUUUCCAAACUGACAGUAUUGGACCUGGAAGCUGUAACAACACUACUGAAUAAACACUGUGGCCUAACA